AUGACCCUCCGGCUACCGGGGUCGCUCGUCAAUAGAGCUUUGCGCAGUCGACUUCUCUCUGCGCAACAAUGUCGUGCAGCAACCGCAGCCCUUAACCUGCCAGUCACACGGAGCGCAAUUGGUGCCCCCAGAGCCGCGUUCUCCCUCUCCGCACGAACCUCCGAACAGCCCUCCCGUUCUCAAUAUACCUACAACACCCGUCCUUUCGACGAGCCGGGACGGCCCAGGUCUCACCAAGCACGAAGCAAAAAGAUCAAGCGAAAUGCUCUGACACCAGGCCAAAGAGAAAUGCUGAUGGCUGUUGCCUCGAACUCCCGAACCACACAGUAUGACAACGAGACCGAGAUCGCUGAGAGCGAGGCUCUCGACGCCGCAGCUGCGCAAGAGGACGGACAACACAAUGAGCAAGAAGAGCAGGAGUCAUCUCCAGCCGAAGAUGCUUCUGAAAAGGAGACCGCUGAGGAGGAGACAAAUAACGAUCAUACUCAGCAAGAUUUCACGCCACGCGUCUCGCAAGGCCCUAAGAUCACACCUACUAUCGUCAACAUGGAAUUGAGAUGGUUAAAUGAUCCUCGAAAAAUGGCAGAUCGGAUUGACCGUAUUUUGCGGAGUGACCAGCCGGCUUUGGCGGCUGCGAUCGUGCGCGCCGGAACGAAACAGGGCCUGAAUACUACUGUCGCGUGGAACCUCCUCUUACAAUAUUGCAUGGAACAGGGACAUCCGCAAGCUGCAUUCAAGUUCUAUAAUGAUAUGAAAAAACGAGGCCGAAGACCUAAAGCGACCACAUACACCAUCAUGCUGAAAGGAUUCAGCGCGGCCCCAAAGUCACAAUCUAUUGUGAAAACGGCAGCUUCCGUUUACCGCUCGAUUUCCGCACCAAACUCCGGCGUCGAUCUCAGUAUUAUUCACACCAAUGCGAUGCUCACAGUCUGCCAUCGGCACGGUGAUAUGGACAGAUUAUGGAAAAUUGCUGGCGACCUGCCCGAGGAGGGCCAUGGAGCUCCCGAUGCUACUACAUACACCAUCAUUUUGAACGCUGUUCAAUUUGCUGCUCGCAGAGAUAUUCAGGAGAUGUCUCCUGAUCAGAUUGACAAGAUCCUUGAGCGGAAAAGCCAGGCUGUCACUGAAGGCAAGCGCAUUUGGGCCGAUAUCAUUUACCGCUGGAAGAACCAGACACUCGAGAUUGAUAAUGACGUUGUUAACGGCAUGGCCGGUUUGCUCUUGGACGGUGCCAGUGACUUCGACUGUUAUCAUGUGAUGGAGUUAUACAAGCAGACUAUGGGGAUUCCUAUCCUCGCGAAGAAGCCCACUGAAAGUGACAAGACAACGCGCCGCCGGAUCACCCCCGAGGAAAGCCAGGCCAUCGAGGUAGCUGAAGCCCAACGACAAGAAAAGAUGGAGGAUCUUCCGUUUGUAGACGAAAACAACCAACCUUUGGGGGAAGCAGCGCUGAAUGGAGAAACCGCAGAGCUCGCAGAAGAGCUCGCCGAAGAAAGCUCAGAGGUGGAAGAACAUGAAGAGGAGGUUGAGGAAUCCUUCGAAGAUCUUUUCAAACAUGUGGUUCCGGGAUCAGAAGAGAUGUCAUUCCUUCAACCCACAAGCAAAGAGCUGACACUUCUUCUGAAUGCAUGCUUCACCAUGACUCAAGGUACUGAAGGUGGUAUGAACUACUGGAAACACAUGACACUGGAAGAUAACGAGCACCGGAUCAAGCCCGACGCGUUCACAUUUAUCCAAUACUUCCGCCUCCUCCGCGUUUCUCGCUCCAGCAAAAUCGCCGUCAGGACCUUGCGAGAGCAGAUGGUCCCUGCCGGUAUCGCAAGCGGAACAGCUUUCCACGUUGCUCUCAGUGUCUGCCGUCGCGAUCGCAAAAACCAUUCAGUGCUCCUCCACGCAAAUGAAUUGGUUGGUCUUAUGCGUAAGGCCUUUAUUCAACCAGACAUCCGCGUUUUGGAUGGCUACCUGGAGAUAUACAGAAACAUCUCUGCAGACUCCUCCCUUCUCCUGGGUCUGCGAGGUCUUGAAACAGAACCCAAUGCUACAUUCCGCCGACAAUCCAGCAAACUCCGGGACGUGGGCACAAAGCUUCAGGCAUUGCUACGCGUUAACGUCCUUGACACACUGCGGCCAUAUGUUACCGAUCUGUGCCAAUCAAUGGAGAAAGGCAAAGCCGAGGCAAACACCCGUUGGAGUCAUGCUCAAAAUCAGCUUGCUGACCCGAUCAAGGGCCUUGCGGCUGCUACAUUCAUGGCGCGAGUGCGUCUGAUUACCGAUGAUGCCCUCCAGCCUUACAACAAGAAAUAUCUCACAAAGGAGCAGCGUGGAAUCCUUUCUGCCGAAUCGAAAAUGUUGAAGAAGUUCUCUGACGCAGGGGUCCGUGAUAGCUUCAAGAAAGUGCUCAUCUACCCCACCUCUGAGCAAAAGGAGGCGGCCAGGGAACGCAUCGCCAACUAUCGGGAGGAGUGCCGAGUCAAGGAACUUGAAUCAAAAGCAGAAGGAUCCGACGAGCAGAUGGAUUCUCCCCGUCAAAAUAAGAUCCAGGCUGAGGCUUGA